GUUCACCUUGACUCCUGGAGCUGCAACAGAGCAGGUACCGCUCCUGCACCUGUUUCUCCUGCACCUGCCACACAGCUGCUCCUACCCAGCUGUCCUGGCCUGAGUCUUGCCUGGCGCGGCACCCCGGAGGCACUGCCACCUCCCAAGUCUCCCUCCAGGGCAGCUCCUACACUCAGCUCCUUCUCUAGGGAAGCUCUCGCCUCCAGCCCGGAGCAGUCGGGAUUACAGAGCACCCUCAGGUCUGGAAGCGCCAUGACCGAAGUUGGUUGGUGGAAGCUGACUUUCCUCCGGAAAAAGAAAUCCACUCCCAAGGUGCUCUAUGAGAUCCCCGAUACCUAUGCCCAAACUGAGGGCAGCACAGAGCCCCCGAGGCCUGACGGCGGGGACCCUGACAGCCACUUUAACACCCGCCUGGAGAAGAUUGUGGACAAGAGCACAAAGGGCAAACACGUCAAAGUCUCCAACUCGGGCCGCUUCAAGGAGAAGAAAAAAGUCCGAGCCACGCUGGCGGAGAACUCCAACCUCUUUGAUGACAGGGAGGGCAAAGGACAGUGAAGGGGGCCAAGGAGGAUGCUAGCCACCUCCUCGCUCCCUGCCAUCAGCCGGAUCUGAGACAGGAGCUUGCCACGCUGGCCUUUUUUGGCCACAGCUGAAACCGUGGGGUAGUUGAUGCCUGCUGGCGGGAAAUAUCUGGUUCUAAGUUUGUAUUUAUGUGCUCCAGCUUUCUGGAAGGCCUGAGAGAUCCCAGGCCCUCCCACCCUCCCCCACCACACUCAAAGGCACUCCAAUUCAAGGAUGAAAAGUCCCACUCAGGAAGGACAGCCCUCCUCAAAGCAGUGGCAACACCGGCAGGGAGGUGGCCAUAGCAAGGAGUGGAGAGGAGGAGCCGGACAGACCUCCCCGCCUCCCCUCCCAGGGCACAGGGUCAAGGGUGAGUUUGAAUUGCUGCUCCUUCUACUUUCUCUACCUGUGACUGUUCCUUGGGUCAAUUCUGAGAGUAUAUUUUCCAGAAGCCACGUGAUGGUGGGUGGUUUCCUGGAGCUGAGGCGGAGGUGCUGAACUUGAGCUCACCUACUAACUCAAGUGGGAAACUUCCUGGAACUUUGCCCUCACGAGUGCAGCGGGGAGGGGACCCUGCAGAAGGCCAGAUGAGGGACCCCUCGGGUUCCCGCACAUACCCUCAAAGGGAAGCUGUACUGUCCCCAGGGGUCCAAACUCGAAAGGGGGUGGGAGAGCUCUGGCAGGAGCUAAAAGCAGCCAGUUCUCCAACCCCUCCUCCCCCUACUAGUAUUUAAGACGGAUCAGCCCCAGAGAUGAGUCCUGGAGCCUUGAAUUUUGUUUAAAAAAAAUAAUUGUAGGUUUUUCUCUUUUUGUAAUAAACAAUGCUGCAAAAGCAGAGAAACUA